AUGUUUUUCAAAAUUUACAACGAAACAGGAACCUGCGGUCGCAACGUCGGCGAUGAUUUUGGCCCCCACCGACCAUGGAAUCACUUCGCGACCCGCACAUCUCGAAAUGUGUCCGAUGCGGUUGCAGACGCUCAGCAACCCCAAAAGCCUCAACAUCCACAGCAAGAACAGCCGACAAAGGCGGCAGAUUUUUCCGCUUUGAAUCUCAAGUCAAUGAGCAUUUCUGAUGCUGUACAAGAGUGUUGGAAAGUUGACCACAACCGAUUAAAACCAGACAUUGACUACGUUCUUAACGUACAAAAAGGAAAAAAACCCUGGUGGCCCGAAGAUAAGGCCGUUGACCCACUGUUCACGAGAGUCAACGCGAACGUAUGGAAAAAGCCUACUUUCGCCGCGUUCGUUGCCCUUCUCGACAAUUACCAAUCAAAUACUGGACAAGCCGAAUCAAUGGGCGACAAAGAACGAGCAGAAAUUGAUUAUUUUUUGGACGCCGUCAUGGAAACGCAACCAAUGCAAUUAUGCCACGCUUAUUGUCACGCUCAGCAACCCGAAAAUAUUCCGUCGGAUAAGGCCGCAUUCAAGAAACUGUUGUUCCGGGUAUGGUUCGAACUUUACCGGCGGGAACGCGGAGGAUCUCUGGACAGCUCUGGAUUCGAGCAUGUUUUCGUUGGUGAGAUCCGAGACGACAAGAUUUCUGGUUUUCAUAAUUGGAUACAAUUUUGCAUAGAAGAAAAAAAAGGAACCGUUGAUUACCGCGGUUACAUCAAACCAAAAUCGAAGACCAAUGCCGAUACCGACAGCAACGACCACGUUUUGACAUUGCAAUUCCACUGGAAGGGUGUGGAAAAGCAAAUAGGAUCUAUUUUUAUUGGCGUGUCGCCCGAAUGGGAAAUGUCAAUCUAUACGAUUUGCUUUCUAUGUGGAGGCGAAAAGAAUAAGCUUGAUUUGCGAACUGGAAGCGAUAUUUUCGAAAUAGAAAUUGUGUGCCACAAGAUGCAUCGAGACCGAAUUGGAACCACGUAUCCCUAUGUGUUGUCGCAUCACAAUAGCUAAGCUUAUUCAUUGCUUCGUCCUCAAUCAAAGAAAUACAAUGAUGUUUCAGUUUGCGCUCUAGGUAGCUUUUCGUCUUGAAUCUAGCGAUUCAAGC